CAUCUAUGUAUUAUAGACCACUCUUGUAUUUAAUUUUAUUAUUUAGGAGUUCUAGGAACGGAUGAUAACUGCUACCAACACACCUGGGAAAUAUGUGAACUUGAAAAAAAUAUUGAAUUUCCAGAAACCGAAAAGGCAUUCGAGGAAGCAUGUCUGAUUCUAGUGAAUUUGUACAAAUGUAUGCAGGAACAUGCAACGAAAUGCGCUUCAGAUAAUCUUGAAGAGAUUACUGGAUAUCUUGAAGUUCUGCAAGAUGUCUGCCGAAAGGACUCCAGACUUCAUGAAGCUCUUGCAAGCAACACGGGAUGCAUCAAAAAGAGCUUCAUGGAAGAAUGUUACAACCAUACAAGGAGUGUGUAUACAGCUUACAGAGAUUCCAUGGAAGUAGACGCAGGUCCCGGUGAGAUUUCUGAAGAAGAUAGGAAGAAAAUGUUCUGCUUGUUGCAAGCUUACGAAGUUCUUUGUGCUUCCGAUGCAGUCGCACGACAAUGUGGAAAAACAGUCAUGGACGCCGUACUAGAACUGGCUCAUCGAACUGAUUACAUGGAGAGGAAGCAGCGUUGUUCCAGAAAUGUGAGAGAAGAGGCUGUUAAGGAUAUCCCACAUCUGCAGAUCAGCGUCUUUAAGAAACUGCAACUCGAAGAAGUCUUACUUCUGGAAGGCUGAAAGAAAACGUAGAAGAAAAUGCUGCAGAACGGAGUUCACCUAAACGCAUUUUGAACAGAUUUUGACAUCUAUGUACCGAAUACUUCUAUUUCAAUAAAUAAAAAUUUGAUGUGAACAGAAA